AUGCUCUUACAUCGUUACACCUCUCCCCAAAUUCAUACCCUGAUCAAAACCCUAGAAAUUCAUUCCGUAAUCAAAAUCAAGAUGUCCGACAACAUACCAUUCGAAAUCCAAGCCGAAAUCUUCAAAAGGCUUCCGGUCAUAUCCUUGAUCCAAAUUCGAUCGGUCUGCAAAGCAUGGAAGUUUCUCAUCGACAGCGAUGAUUUUAUCAAGAAUUACAGCGGCCAGAUGCAAUAUCUACUUGCAAGAGUCUCCCUGAAUACUCACCAUAUGGUUAACAUGCUUCGAAAUUCUUACAUAAUCGGCAGCUCUCACGGUUUGUUGUGUUUGUAUGGUGAUUAUCAAGAGGGCCAUGAUGGUCCCCUCUCUGGAACAGGCAGAGUUGUUCCUUUGGAAUCCUUGCAUUAGAAAAGCUGUUGCGGUUGAUGUGCCGAAUGUCGCAGAUAGGAGGAUUUACGAAACCGGUUUAGGUUUUGGGGUUUGUCGUGAGACUAAUGACCCUAAGAUAGUCAAGAUUACACAUAUUAAUAUGUGGGGCCACAGGGAAAGUGUAACUUGCAUUCCUUGGCAAGUUGAAGUUUUUACACUAAGCACAGGGGCUUGGAGAAGUCCAUAUACCAGCAAUCUCCCUCGUAAUUCGAUUGAAUUUGAUUACGAUAACACGGUAGUUAUAGAUGGAAUGCUUUAUUGGCUUGCUACUAAUAGGAUUACUGCUGAUGGUGGAUUUCAGUCUUAUAAUCUGUUAAUCUCAUUUGAUAUGACAAGUGAAGAAUUCCGAGAAGUAAACCUUCCAGACAGUUUAGCACACCAGUCGAUUAGUGGUCUGACAAUUUAUAAGCUGAGGGAGUCUCUUGUUGUGCUUGAACGCGAUGUAGAAGCCAAUGACCUAGUUUUUCCAGUAUGGACGAUGGAGGAUGAUCUAAAAUCGUUUACAAAGUUAUUCACUAUUAAUAUACCGGAUAAUGUAUCAGAAGUUUGUGUAAUGGGAUUUAGGAAGACAGGCGAACCUAUAAUUGAUAGUUUACCACGCUAUCCUGAGUGGACUGGAUCACUUGCUGUUUCUGAACCAUGCUCAAAAUCUAUUAGCAGUCUUGGGAUUAAUGGAAGAGAUUUUUCACAUUAUGUGUAUUCCUACAUCAAAUCACUACUUCUGCUUUGAUCAUUCUGUUUGUUACAUUUAUGAAAAAGGUAACGGCCAGAUUGCAAAAUGAAGAGCUAAGGACAAAAGGAUUUUGAAGCAUACAAGCAAGCCACUGAAGACCGCUGUAUUAGACUUGUAUCCUGGUCUUUUUCUGAUUUGAUAGAAAUGGAAUGGAACUGAACAGAAGGUGUGACUUGAGAAAUAUCAUUUUGUCAAGUGAGUUGCAAAAUAUUUAAAACUGAGACUACCAUUACCUGUUCGGCGAUUUCCAAAGCUCCAAGGAUCAGAGUUAUUUAAAAUAGAUCUCGAGCAAACAUGGUGGAUACAGGACACUGGAUAGUCUUGAACUUCUAAAUCAAACAAGUCUCCAAAGGACUAAACAAAUAUAAUGCAUGGGUCAAUGGCAGACAGUGAUUUCUUUAUUGGGACAUUAACACAAGAGGGCUUGUCAUGUUUGAUUCUCUGGAUUGUUUCAUUUCAUACAUAAAAAGGACUUAAAAUGUGCAAACAUGUCCUCAGGUGUGUGUGUACUUUUCUAUUAUCACAUGCUUGUAGUUUUCUAAUAUCAUAUGCUUGUAUUGUAUUCUAUUUGUUUUGUUUAGUUGUGACUUUCUAAUUA